GCAGGGUAUGGAUGGUGGCAGCUGUGUCACUUGAGAAAAGAUUUGGUUUCUGGCCAUUUUCCCAAUUCAUUAACGAGAAGCCUAUUAGGGAUAUAGUCGAUUCAUAUCGUUCACAAAUGGAAUUUCCAGCUUUUGGUUCCGUAGAAUUUAAGAUGUUGACCGACAAUCUGCGGGAAAGACUGAAACGAUUUUACAUCAGCCCAACCGAUAAUCUUCCGAAGUGGUUGAAGUCGUUUGAUCGUGGCAACAUGUACAAAGUACGAAGGUAUCCAAAAUAUAUAGUGACCAAGGAACCGUUAUCGUUUAUUCAUUAUUCCCUGAAUCUCAUCUUGGAUGAAAUGGAAAAAACUGCGUUUGAAAUUGUAGAUGAAAUGGCUAAAAGAGCAUGUGAUAUGCACGAUGAUAAUAACUAG